UUUUCUCUUCCCGCUCUCGGUGUCGACGCUCCUUGGUACACGAUUGGAACAGACGGAAUGCCGCCAUACCAGCUUCCCAUGGCUGCUGCUGCCCUCGUCGGUGUGGCAGGCAGCAUCUUCAUACGCUUUGUGACGCGCGAAAAAGAGGGCAAGAUCAAGCUCCCCGCCACUGGCGACGAUGCGCUCGGCUCUGAAGCGAAAGCGCACGACUCGUUCAACGUUGUGCAGCCGGAGGACCUCCUUGACGGCUAUCCGGUGGAGGAGAACGAGUAUUGGGCCCAGAUGCGCCUCUGGAAAGUCUCCAUAACCGCCAACCUCGUCGUCAUCCUCGCCCUCGAGACCAUCUCCCUCGGCUGGGCCGCCGCCGCCCUCUCCGGCUCCCCAUCCCACGGGGACGGGGACGCGAGCGCAGGCACCGGCCUUCUCCUCGUCUACCUCUUCCGCAUCCUCUACGCCCUAUACACCGUCACCCUCGCCGCGGGCGCCGUCCCGCUCACCACCGUGCGCUUGCACCGGAACAGAGUCAUCCACCUCGCUGUGCUCACCGCACUCGCGUUCGCCCUUCAAUUCGCCAUCUCCAUCCUCCCCAUCUCGGCUUUAGCGCCCGCUGGCUCGUCCGCAGGCGCGCUUAAGGCGCUCUGGCACGCCACGCUCGUGCUGUAUGCGCUCAGCGCCGUGCUGAGCUGGACAAUUCCCACCGGCCCGCCGUUGCGCUUCCCGCCCGAACGGGUGUAUGCGCCUGCGACGAAUGCGAAGGCGAGCAAUAGGAGCACGGACAAUGUGAGCGGGAGCACGGGCGCGAGCGUGCUCGAUUUUAUUCUGUUUGGCUAUACGACGCGGCUGGUGCGGCUGGUACAGACCGCGGAGUCGCUCGAGAUUGCCGAUUUGCCGAUUUUGCCGGCGAAUAUGCGUGCGACGUUUCAGUUCCACAAGAUGCGCGAGCUGUUGAGGGUGUCGCCCAUUGGCACCUGGGGAAAGGGCAAGGGCGAUGGCAAGGACGGCGGGGAGAAGGAGACGAGACCGGGCUGGGGUCUCGCGUGGCGUGUGCUGCGCGUGAACGGUGUUGCGUUCGUCGCGGAAAUGGUUAUGGUGGCGUUGGCUGCGCCGCUGUGGUUCGCGAGCCCUUUUUUCUUACAGAAGCUGAUCGCGUACCUUGAGAGAGAUCUGGAGCGGCUGCAUACGAGGUGGGGGUGGGUGUAUGCGGUUGGGCAGUUGGUGUCGUUGUUGAUGGUGCAUAUGCUGGCCGCGCAGUUCUUCUCGCUCGCGACGGCAGUGAUCGAGAUUAGGAUCAAGGCGCAGUUGAACACGAUUUUGUUCGAGAAGACGCUUGUGAGGAAGGACAUUGGCAAGGAUAAGAAGAGUGACAAGGGCGGGAAAGAGGAUGAGGACGAGGAGGCCGAGUUCAGCAGCAAGGCGCAGGUGAUGACGCUCAUGACGACCGACGUCGACCGCGUCUUCGAGUUUUCGUCCUUUGUAUUUUCGCUCGUCGACUCCCCGAUAGAGCUCAUCGUCGGCACCCUGCUGCUCUACCGGCUCAUCGGCGUCUCGUGCUUCUGGGGCCUGCUCGUGAUCGUCGUCAUGUUCCCGUUCAACACGCUCGCAGGGAAAGUCGUUGUGCGCUUCCAGGACAAGCUUAUGAAGGCGACGGACGAGCGUGUGGCGCUGAUGAAUGAAGUGCUUGGGGCUAUUCGGAUGUUGAAGUUUAUGGCUUGGGAACGCCCGUUCGAGAGCCGGAUUCUGAGAGUAAGAGAGCGCGAGCUCAAGUACCAGAAGCUCAACUACUGGCUCGAGGUCAUAUUUGCCGCCAUCUGGGACUCGUCCCCGCUAAUCGUGACUCUCGUCGCGUUCUGGCACUUCUCGGUGUGGCGCGGCGAGCCGCUCACGCCAUCGAUCGCGUUCCCGACGAUCCUCGUGUUCCAGGAGCUGCAGUUCGCGUUCAACACGCUCCCCGAGACGUUUGUCAAUAUGCUGCAGUCGUUUGUCUCGCUCAGGCGCGUCGAGCACUAUCUGGAGUUGCCGGAGAUUACGCCGGUGCCGCCGUUGGAUGGUGGGGCGGUGCAUGUGUUUGGGCCGCCUGGGGAGGGACGGGGACAAGGCGAGGGACAAGGCGAGAGGGAGUGUGCGGCGGCGUGCGCGAGCGCGACGGUGACGUGGCCGCAGGACCGGGGCGCGAAGAGCGGUACAAGCGGAGCGAGCACGCCAUUUGCGCCGUCGACGCCUGGUACGCCCAGGGGACAGCAGCAAGGCAAGUUCGUGCUGCUGGACAUGGACCUGCGGUUCCCCACGGGCGAGUUGUCGCUCGUGUGCGGGAAGCUCGGAAGCGGGAAGACGCUGUUGUUGCUCGCGCUGCUGGGUGAGGCGGAUGUGUUGGCGGGGCAGGUUGUGUGUCCCCGGAGUCCGCCGGAUUCGUUGGCGGUGUAUGGCCCGAGUGGGGCCAAUAGGGACGGGAGGGAGGCGAAGUGGGUUGUUCCCGGGAUGUGCAGCGCGUGGCUGCGCAACGCGAGCAUCAGGGACAAUAUCUUGUUCAGCCUGCCAUACGACGAGGAACGGUACCAGCGCACGCUCGAGGCAUGCGCGCUCAUCGCGGACCUCAACAUCCUCGAGGACGGAGACGAGUCCGAGAUCGGCGAGCGUGGCGUGAACCUCUCUGGCGGGCAGAAGGCGCGCGUGUCGCUCGCGCGCGCGGUGUACUCCCGCGCCUCCGUCCUGCUGCUGGACGACGUGCUCUCGGCGGUGGACGCGCACACGGCGCACCACCUCUACCACGAGUGCAUCAAGGGCGAGCUGAUGAAGGGCCGCACGGUCGUGCUGGUGUCUCACCAUGUGCAGCUGUGCUCGAGCGGCGCCGCAUAUGUUGUUGCGCUGGAUAAUGGGCGGGUGACGUUUGCGGGCGAGCGGCAGGCGUUCCUCGGCACGGGGCUGCUCGGGGCUCUGGGUUCGUCAGGUGCGGGGGCGGAGGAGGAGGAGGAGAAGCUGGUGGAGGACAGUGAGAAUCUGCCGAGCGGGUCGACUUUGUCUGUGCCCAAACGCGUCGGCAAGUCGACGGACGUGGGCAGGCUUGCGUCCUCCCAGCAGGAUGCCGAGGACCCGCCUUCUGAGACGAGCUCUACGGCGUUUACGGAGGACAUGGCUAGUGCCACCGCCAAUGACACGCCCAACGGGAACGCUGACGGGAACGGCAAGGCGAAGCUCGAGCGGAAGCCCCCGCGCAAGCUCGUCGAGGAGGAGAAGCGUGCGGUCGGGCGCGUGAGCAAGGACGUGUGGACGAUGUACGUGCGCGCGUGCGGAAAGCACUGGUACUGGACCUGGUUCGCGGCUGUCUUCAUUCUCGCGGCGCUGUCGCCCAUUGUGGAGUCGUACUGGCUCAAGUUCUGGUCGGGCACGCCGCUAGAGGAGGCGGCGGAGAAGGGGCCGGUGUAUUACAUUGGGGUUUAUGCUGCUCUGACGCUCGCGGGUGUGUUCUUGUCGACGUAUCGUUUCUUUGUGCUUUACUCGGGCUCGAUCCAAGCGUCUACGGUGUUGUACAAACGCCUUCUCGAGUCUGUCCUAUUCGCCAACAUCCGCUUCCACGACACCGUCUCGCGCGGAAGACUGCUCAACCGGUUCGGCAAGGAUUUUGAGGGCAUCGACAGCAGACUCUCGGACCACUUUGGGCACAGCAUCAUUUUUGCGCUGUCGUUCACCACUAUUGUGGUGUCCAUCGCGUUCGCGGGCGGUAUCCCGUUCGUGCUUGCGGCGUUCGUGCUCGGAUAUUUCUACUUCGCUGGUGGGCUUUAUAGCCAGGCCUCCCGUGAUAUGCGUCGUCUCGAUUCGGUUGCUCAUUCGCCGUUGUAUUCGCUGUACGGAGAGACGAUCGCUGGUGCGACGGUGCUUCGUGCGUUUGGCGCGUCGUCCAAGUUCUUGCGGGAUAUGUUGACCUGCGUUGAUACUCAAAUCAACCCUUCAUACUGGCAGCUUGGUGUCAACCGCUGGAUCGAGGUACGAUAUGACCUCCUCGCAAGCGCGACUGUCGGUCUUGUGGGCAUUAUCGCCGUCAUGACGCCCAGCAUCUCUGCCGCGCUCGCGGGCUUCGCGCUCUCGUUCGCGACGGAGAUGACGUUAGCGCUCCUUGCCCUUGUCCGGCGCUUCGUGGGGCUGGAACAGAGCAUGGUCGCGCUCGAGCGCAUCAAGGAGUACUCGGAGCUCGCGCAGGAGUCGCCCGAGUUCGUCGAGCCGCGCCCAGCCGCGAGCUGGCCCGACAAGGGGGCGAUCAAAUGCGUGGAUCUGGUCAUCAGAUACGCGCCGCAGCUGCCGAAUGUGCUGCACAAUAUCAACUUUGAGGUGCGCCCGGGCGAGAAGGUGGGUAUUCUGGGCAGGACGGGGUCCGGAAAGAGCACGCUCGCGCUGUCGUUCUUCCGCUUUGUCGAGGCGACCGAGGGGCAGAUUCUUGUUGAUGGUGUCGAUAUCGCCAAGAUUGGUCUUACCGAUCUAAGGAGUAAGCUUACUAUCAUUCCGCAGGAUCCUACGAUUCUGAGCGGAACACUGCGGUCGACGUUGGACGUAUUUGACGAGUACGAGGACGCCGAGAUCUACGAGGCCCUCCGUCGUGUACACCUUAUUCCUUCGCCCUCUGGCGAAAACACGGAGGCUCAGAUGGACAUUGAAACUCCUGAGACCAUCAACGUGAAUGUGUUCAGGAACCUCGAGUCUCCUGUCUCGGAAGGAGGUGAGAACUUCUCGACUGGCGAGAAGCAGCUCCUUUGCAUGGCACGCGCCAUCCUCAAGCGCUCCAAGGUGCUCGUCAUGGACGAGGCCACCGCGAGCGUCGACUACGCGACGGACGAGUUGAUUGGCAAGACGAUCAGACAGGAAUUCGCCAACAGCACGAUCCUCACCAUCGCGCAUCGCUUGAGAACGGUCAUUGACUAUGACCGAGUGAUGAUCCUCGACCAAGGACGCAUCGUCGAAUUUGACAGUCCCACAACUCUCCUCUCAGAUCCGGAGAGCCAGUUCCACGGCCUGUGCAAGGCAACAGGCAAGAAUGAGUUUAUUACACUCAAAAGAAUGGCAGGCUUGUAAAGUGCUGCCGACUUGCUGUACAUACG